GCCAAGUGAACGUAUUGUGAACGUAGCUUAGAUUAUCGUCAGAUUCGAAUUUACUUUCAGUGUCAGUUCAAUGUUCUGUGGUUAUAUAAAAUACAUUCGCAUGUCUGAGGUUAAAUAAACUCAUAUCGUGUGGAAUGUACCACAUUCAUUAGAAUGAUGCAGUUUCGGUUGUUUACAUGUAAGAAAAGAUGUUUUUUUCAAGGCAAAGGUAUUACAUUGGCGUCUAUGAGUAAGCCCGAAUCCAAAAACUACUAUGAAUAGGAAAUUAAUGUUAACUUCAAAGUUUGGCGGCUUCAUCGCAUUAUGGAUCUCGUCUGAGAAACAAAUUGGAUGCACGGAUAUGGAGUCAUUUUUGUCGUGCGAGGAACCUGAAUUUCUGACAGAAAAGAGGACACUAUUUCAGAAGGCAUUGGAUUUGACUUCUAAAUUUAAAACCAGAGUUUUCAUCAUUGUCUCAGAAAUUGAUAAUCCAUCUGAAUAUUGGGGAAGUGUGGAUUUUGUCAAGGAUUUUCAAACCACAGGACUGAAAGUCAGGUCACAUGAUGUUGAAAUAUUUCCAGCAAUGUCAAGUGAUAUUUAUCUAGAUUCCAAAACUACAUUGCACUCCACAGUCAACUCUGAGGACCAUCAGGAGAUGUACAGGAGUAUAGAACCAGAUGAGAUAGAAAGAAAAGAACUCUUGAUUCGUGGAGAUAGUUUAAAUGAGAACACUCUUUCUGUGAAGGGUGAUAAUAGCCCAACUGACACGAAUGUGAAAGCCAAUGAUGUUGCUACAAAGACAAGCGAGUCAGAUUCAGAAAUAGUGAACAUAAAUGAGAAGAGGAAGGAUUCAGAAAAAGUAAUAGGAAAUAAAGUUUUGAUUCGUGGGAAUAGUUUAAAUGAGAACACUCUUUUUGUGAAGAGUGAAGAUAGCUCAACUGACACAGAUGUGGAAGCCAAUGAUGUUGCUAUGGAGACAAGCGAGUCAGAUUCAGAGAUUGUGAACAUAAAUGAAAGGAGGAAAGAUUCAGGAAAAAUAAUGAGAAAUAAAAUUUUGCCAGAUUCAGAGGAAGUUUAUAAUGAAAAAAAAAAUCACAAUAAAAAUGCUGGAGGCACAAAGACAGUUACUAGUCAAAAACAAGUGCGCAAAAGAAUGACAAUUGAAGAGCGAGUCUCUCGGAUAAGUAGGUUAUUCGAAGAAUCGUACAAAUCAAAGCCAUUUUCAUGCGACAAAUGCGGUAAGUGGUUUGUCACUUGUGCUGCAUGGAAAGUCCAUUUAUCUGAAGCUACUUGCUCCAAAAGAAAAUGCAGAUUUUGUGAUAUAGGCUUUCUUAUGCAUAAAGAGUUACAGGAACACAAGCUACAAAAUCAUCCAAUAAAAAUUCCAUUAUUUGUUUGUAAAAUCUGUGAUAAGGACUUCCUUCACAGCAAUUUUUUACAAAAUCAUCGUGUGAAAGAGCAUGGCAUGAAACAGAAGAUUCACAAAUGUGAUGUGUGUGACAAGCAGUUUUCUAGGAGCGAUGAAGUGCGAGAACACAAGUUACGACAUGAAGAGAUGAAAUAUACUUGUAGUAUUUGUGGUAAAAAAGUUCCAACAGCAUUGGAUUUGACUUCUAAAUUUAAAGCUAAAGUUUUCAUCAUUGUCUCAGAAAUUGAUAAUCCAUCUGAAUAUUGGGGAAGUGUGGAUUUUGUCAAGGAAUUUCACACCACAGGACUGAAAGUCAGGUCACAUGAUGUUGAAAUAUUUCCAGCAAUGUCAAGUGAUAUCUAUCUGGAUUUACAUACUACAUUGGACUCAGCAGGUACUUCUGAGGACCAUCAAGUGACAGACAGUAUAGAACCUGAUGAGAUGGAAAAAACAGAACUUUCUAAACAUGAAAAUAGUUCAAAUACUACAUUGCAUUCCACACUCGCCUCUGAGGACCAUCAAGAGACAUACAAGAGUAUGGAAUCAGAUGAGACUGAAAGAAAACUCUCCAUUCACGGAAAUGAGGCCACUCAUUUUGUGAGGAGUGAAGAUAGUUCAACUGACACGGAUGUGGAAGCUAAUGACUUUGCCAUGGAAACAAGCGAGUCAGAAUCAGAUAUUGUGAGCAUAAAUGAGAAGGAUUCAGGAAAAAUAUUAGAAAAUGAAGUUUUGCCAGAAUCAAUGGAAGUUCAAAAUAAAAAAUUGGAAAUUAAUGAUAACGAUGCUGGAUGCUCAAAAACACUUGCCAAUCAAAAGCUAGUACGCAAAAAAAUGACAAUUGAGGAGCGAGUCUCUCGGAUAAGUAGGUUAUUCGAAGAAUCGUACAAAUCAAAGCCUUAUUCAUGUGACAAAUGUGCCAAAUUGAGAGCACAUGUCAAAACCUGGCACAUGGUCUCAAUACCGGUACAGUGUGAGGUCUGCGGAAAACAGUUUAGAAAUAAGAGUCAACUUAGAGGACAUCUUGCAGUUCAUUCUGACAAGAAAGAGGAAUGUCCAAUUUGUCAUAAACUCUUCAAUUUAAAGCAAAGUCUGAAAAAACACCUGAUGGUUCAUUCUGAUGAUAAACCAUGGCAAUGUCAUGUGUGUGGCUACAGGUGUAAGUUGAAAGAAAAUCUUGGUAAGCACAUGAGAGUUCAUCAAAAAGACAAUUCAUGCUAG